UUGGGUUUAUGUAAGAUUUGGUCGAUUUGGAGAAAUUUUAGCAUAUUUUUCAGUGUUUUUUAUGCUAUAACUCUAUUAUUUGAUAAUUUAGAAUAAGAGUCUUAUGAGUAUCUCAAUAAGGCCGUUUGCAAGAGCUGUUAGAAGAGUGAAUAAGCUUAAGACAGUUUCAAUAAAAGAUAAGAAGGAAAGAAAAAUGGAACAAACCUUUAGAGAAAGUUUAGUUGAGGAAGAUAAUGUUGAUGAUUUCCUUGACUCUGCUCUAUAUCAAUCAACUCCUCUUGUACAUGAUACAACCGGAGAAUUCUUUGAGAGAAAGAAGAGGCCUGAUGCUGAUCUUGAACUCGAUGGAAUGUGAAAGUACAACAUCGAUAUGGAAACCUUGCCAGAAGACUUACUUCAAGUAGUCAAUAAAAUAUUCUCAAAGCACUCCAGGUACGAAGUGAAAACUUGGGGAAACAGACUCAUGGACCACUAUAAUAUGCUAGUUUCCACUGAGAAGCCGCUAAACUUGGACUAUGCAAGGCCAUUCUCGAAUACAAAUGAUUUGGUCAGAAAUGUCCCAGAGGUUUCCUUCAGAGUAGCUGCUGAUAAGGAAGAGAGGGAUAAAGAAUUCUCCGAUAUAGCUAAAGAAGCACAAGAAGUCAAGGAAAUUUAUAUGGAGAACCUCUCCAAUGUCAAGAUGUCAAAAGCAGACAGGGAGAAAUAUGAAGAGAGACAGCUGAAAAUCAUUGAUUAUGAUAGACCUUUGACAAUAGGUUUCCUUCAAAGAAAAUUUGCAAAUAAUUAUUAUGUGUAUAAGAGAAUCAUUCAUGAAUUGAAAGAGAGAGAUCCUCAGUUCAAACCUAAGACUUUACUUGAUUUUGGAGCUGGAUUAGGCUCUGCAACUUGGGCAGGUGUUCAUAUGUUGGGCAAAAAGCUUGAAAGAGUAGCAGCUGUUGAGCCCAAUCCGAAUAUGAGAGAAUUGGGGAGGUUCAUGUCGAGAGAUCUUGAGUCAGAAGUACUCUGGACCGACUCUUUGAGCAUGGUCCCUGGCGCUGGUUCACAAAGAGGACAGUUUGAUUUGGUAAUUUGUGGAUAUGUGCUUCCAGAAAUCGCUUCUGCAAAAGGAAGAGAGGUCAUCCUAGAUACUCUACUUACAAGAGUAAAGCAAGAUGGUUAUUUUGUCCUUGUCGAUUAUGGAACUCCAAAGGGAUACAGAUUUAUCAAUGAUUUUAGAAAUAAGAUUAUUGAAAUGUCAAGAGAUGAAGUCAAUCUUGUAGCCCCUUGCCCUCAUCAUAACAAGUGUCCAUUAGCAGAAUUGCCAGAAAAUUGGUGUCAUUUCUCCCAGUUAGUCCAAAAGUAUCCCAAGAAUAUUUUCCCGAAGCAUCCUAAAGAGAGAGCAUUUGCCAAUGAGAAAUUUUCUUACCUUGUAGUAAAGAAGGGUAAAACUCCAAGACAAAGAUUUGAGACAGAAGAGGAAGCAUUUGAAAGAUUUGGAAGAGUUGAGGAUAGGACCUAUUAUUGGAGCAGAAUCCUUAGGCCAAACAUAAAAGCAGCUCAACAUGUCAUCACAGAUCUCUGAACAACCGAAGGAGAAUUUGAACGGAGAAUAAUAUAGCCAAGUCUCAUACAAAUGAUGGAGGGUAUAGUUUAGCUAGAAAGGCUAAAUGGGGCGACCUUUGGAGAUUCCAUAAACGUAUACCCCAUAGAUUCAGAAAAGCAGGAACUUGGGGGAAGAGGCUCUGGUAAAAGUAUGGCAAGAAUAUACAAUCUGGCAUGGUGUGUUUCAAUUCAAUAUUUUGAAUUAU